GAGCAACCCACGAGGAAAUUCUUUAAACGUUUUUAUUGCUUAUCGGACUUAUUAUAAUCUUUAUUAAUAACUUUCAUUACAUUUUAGUGUUUGUUUUUAGUGUUUAUCUGGUUCGCUUUUGACAACGUACGCCCGUUUUUUAUUCACGGUCGAUAUUUCCGUUAAGCGUAUUUCUAAAGGAUUGUACGAGCGUUUCAAAACAUGUUUCCUGAAAGCAGCAAUUGCCUUGGCAAGUACAACUAUGAGGAUUGCCAGGCUACAGCAGACUGGCUUUUGUCUCAGACUGCCCUACGCCCUCUGGUGGGCAUAGUUUGUGGCUCUGGUUUGGGUGGACUGGCUGACAUGCUGAAAGAUCAGGUGGCCUUCAAUUACAGUGACAUCCCAAAUUUCCCACAGAGUACAGUGCACGGCCACGCAGGACGGCUGGUGUUUGGGACUUUGAAGGGGACGCCGUGUAUCUGCAUGCAGGGAAGAUUUCAUCUCUAUGAGGGAUAUCCCAUCCAGAAGAUUACUAUGCCAAUGCGAAUAUUCAAACUGCUGGGUGUGGAGACUGUGAUUCUUACCAAUGCUGCUGGAGGUCUGAACCAGGACUAUAAAGUGGGAGACAUCAUGAUCAUUAAGGAUCAUCUCAACAUGCCAGGAUUUGCUGGAAACAACCCUCUAGCAGGUCCCAAUGAUGAUAGAUUUGGCGUACGUUUUCCCUGCAUGUCCGAUGCAUAUGAUCGGGAGCUUCAGCAGCUAGCGAUGGAUGUGGGCACAGAGCUCGGUUAUAGUGACUUUCUGAAAGAGGGCGUGUACUGUGUUCUUGGCGGACCCUCAUUUGAGACUAUUGCAGAGUGUCGCAUGCUGCACAAGCUGGGAGCUGAUGCUGUUGGUAUGAGCACUGUCCAUGAAGUAAUAGUGGCACGUCACUGUGGUAUGCGGGUCUUUGCUCUGUCUUUGAUAACUAAUAAGGCAGUGAUGGAUUAUGACAGUGAGGAAAAAGCCAAUCAUGAGGAAGUUCUGCAUACAGGCAAACAAAGGGCGGAGCAACUCGAGAGGCUGGUGUCCACUAUGGUAACACGGCUAGAGCACAACAACAAUUAUGCAUAAAACUAUACUCCGUUUACAUCCAUCAUCAACCACAAACCAUGCCCUUGUGAAUCAACAAUAUAUGUGUAUAUAUUGGAUAAUAUAAUGUGAUAUAGGAAAUAAUACAUUUUCAUAUAUGGGAAUCUGGUGCUUAUAUUUUUCAGUAUUCUGCGAUAUAUGCAUGAACGAUGGAUGGGCAUAUAUUGAUACAUAUAAAAUAUAUAUUUAACAAUACUACAAAAACAAUACUACAUAUGUACAUUGUUAACAUGUAUUUAUUGAAGUAAAUUAAGCAAAAGUUAUUUUAAGCAAAAAGGCUAAAAACUUAUAAAUGCCAUAAGUUGUAAUGAGAUAUCUAAGCACCACCAAAUGUAAUUAGUUGUAAAGAUAUUUGCAAAAGCUGUUCAAAUGCUAAAUCACAACACUGCACAAACCAUAAGGCUAAAUCUAGCAUGUUACACAUGAUGACAUGUUCCAAGUUUGGUCUGAAUACGUUAAAGCGUUCCGGAGACAGCCUUACGUCUGUUUUCAUGAAUGCUAUGUAAAAUGUUCUAUGUUAUUCAGUUUUAUGUAUGUGCGUAUAUAUAUAUUCAUUAUAUAUUAUGUAUAGUUAUGUAUUGCAAGAUAUACAGCCAUGGAAAAAAUUAAGAGACCACUCCAGUUUUGACUCUAAUUAUCAUUUCUAGAUGUAUUGUGACCAUUUUACUCCAGUGUCUGUUGUAAAAGACUGAGAGCAUGACAAGACCCAUGAAAGAUGUGAAUAAAAAUCAGGGUUUUUAAAAAAAAAAUAUAUAUAUUUUCUAAAAUACAUGUAAAAACAUUAGCAUUUUGUGAAUUGAAUUUGAAUUUGACCGUGUUUUUGUCUGCAGACGUCAGUGUUGGAUUUCAAUAUUAAGUUACUCCCCAAAAAAGUAACUAAUUGCGUUACUUAAUUACUUUUCAUGGAAAGUAAGGAUUGCGUUACUUUUAAGUUACUUUUGCGUUACUUUUUCUUACUUGGCUGAGGCUUGAUCUCUUUCAGGCCUUGCAGGUGUUUUUUAUGAUAGCAAAAAUGUGAAGCUCUGGCCUGCCAUUAUCGUUUCUGACUCAAAUUGUUUCCGCUCAGUCGCACAGAGUGCGUAAUUCUACGUUAAUAUGUUCAAUUUAAGUCAGUACAUUAUUUUAUUUUUAAAUUGAAUGAAUUAAACUGAAAGUAACUCACAUUACUUUUUUUUAAAAGUAACUCAAAUAUUAAUGUGUACAUUUAUAAAGUAGUGCCUUACUUUACUCGUUACGUCAUAAAAGUAAUAUUAUUACGUAAUGCACGUUACUUGUAAUGUGUUACCCCCAACACUGGCAGACGUUGCAUCUUUUUGUGUUAUUUUGACCAUGUUUUCCCCAUUUCAAUUUUCAGUAAAUAAAUACAAAUGAAAACAUUUUUAUUAAGAAUUUGGCAGAAAUGUUGUCUUUAGUUGACAGAAUAAAACAAAAAUUAUCAUUUUACUUAAACACAUACCUAUAAAUAGUAAAUCUAGAAAAACUUAAAGGGACCAUUGAAAUGGUCUGUUAAUUAGUUUUCUGCGGCUGUAUAUACAUCAAUAUUUGUGUAUAUAUAUUGUAGAAUCAAUUUGUGUAGCCAAUAUUUAUAUAUUAACACAUAAUUCUUUAUAUAAAAUAUAAAUAUAUAUAUAUUUUCCUUAAAAUGUGUUUAUAUAUUGCUAAUACAUAUUUAUAUUUGCACGAUAUAUAUUAACAUGUAUUCCUCACUAUAUGGAAAGCGGCAAUUCAUUGUGUAUUUUUUAGUAUAUUGUAAUGUAUUAUCACAAUGUAUUAUUCUAUAUAAUUACCUAUAAUUCUAAUCUAUUAAUACUGAAAAUUCUUCAAUAUAUAGACCCUUCAUAUCUAACUAAAUAUAUUUUCUUUCUGUAAGGGCAAAGAAUGCCAAUUCAUUUUUGAAUAAGCAUAGUGGAUACAAUGCUUACUGUUGAACAGUACAGUAUAGUAUAGAACUGUUGAACAGUAUAGUGACAUUCUUAAGAAUGCUAAAAUGUAUAAAACUGUAAAUGUUUCUUAUUAACUUAACAUUUACCAAUAAUGAUACUUUGUUUUUAAUUUAAAAUUGGUUUCUGUAAAACUUCUAUUGAUUGCUGUAUCCUGUUUGUCUUGAUAUUUUUAAAAACAUUGUUACUAAACAUAGUUAUUUAUUA